GGGGUGGAGAGUAACACUGGAGAGCAGCAGUGGUCCAGCCCCUCAGAAUCUGAAAAGCAUCACAGGAGCCUCUGGAUAAAGACCAGCCUCAGUAACAAGGCUAGGAGACAGAGGAUUGCAGCUCAGUGAUAAAACAUGAAACAGAUGUGAGGAAGCAGCAUGGAGCUCAGGAGAGGAAAGACCUUCAUAAAAUCCAGUGUGCAACAUGAGAAAGUGCCACCAGCGCAUACAGCUCCUACCAGCAAAGAUGAGACGGGCAAAGACAAAAAGGCAGCUCUGGAGGGAAACCAAAGUGUGGCCGAAGUCCAGCUGGCAUGUUUGGCCACACACAAGAACUACAGAUUUUCUACCAGAGCAACAAAGAAUGGAGCUGGUGACCACAGCCUGGAAAAAUCAUCUGGGUCCUCCUACAAACUUGUAAGGAAGAGUAAAACCCAUGAGUGUGUUGCUGAGGCAGACAAAGCAGAGCACUGCAGCCCCAACAGCAGGGCAUGCGAGGAGGGGUUUUCCGGAAAGCCCAAGGGCCGACUUGUCAACAGCAUCAGCUUUUCAGGGAUGUCCAGCUCCAGCGGUAAGAAGGAGUGUGUGGUCAGCCCCAGCCAGUCUGCUUGCAGCAGUCAGAUGAUUGAUUACAGGAACUUUGUGCCACAGAUGCCUUUUGUACCAGCUGUCGCAAAAACCAUUCCCAGGAAGAGGAUUUCCCUCAAGAGAUCUAAGAAAGGGCUCAGAGAUAUAUUUCACAUAAGAAAAAAUAAGCCAGACAGCCUCACAUUUCUGGUUGAGAAGGACAAGAACUUGUCCUCUCCAGGUUGCAAGAGUGAAUUAUCUGGGCGCCUUGCAAAGUAUCUUUUCAAAACCGGAGAAACAUUUGCAGCUGAUUGUUUGUCACAGGACUGCUCAGACAGUGAACUGCAGUCUGACUCCUCCUACGACUGCUGCAAUGCCCUGUGUGAAGAUGUUGCCUCCCUAAAGAGCUUUGACUCCCUCACCGGCUGUGGGGAAAUCUUUGCUGAUGAGAGCUCUGCUCACCUGGAGCUGGAGAACAGCAGAGACCUUCUGCUGAGGCGAAGCAAGCACAAAGACAGCCCUGUCAUGGGCUCUUUCCAAGGUGGGGUGGAGCAGCUGGCCUCUCCUGGCCAGAAUGAGACUGUGGAAUUUGCAAAGUUUUGGGACAACAUCAACAAAUCAGUAAGGCUACAUCAGAGUGCUCUUUUUGAAAAGAAGCUGCUGAAGGUACCUGGUUCUGACACAGAAAAGGUUAAAAGUCAGGCUGCCAUAUCUGUGACAAGCCCCCAAGUGUCACCUGAUAAAGAAGGAGACAAUUCCAAAGACAGCUCCACAGAAACAGAAACACCGAAAAGUGAAAACCAGGAAUCCACAUCCACAAGUGAUGAAGGCUACUAUGAUUCAUUCUCUCCUGGACAAGAUGAUGAAAUGAAGGAAGUUCAGACCCCUGGUGUCCCAGGUAGAUUUCCAAGAGACAGCUACAGUGGAGAUGCCCUUUAUGAGCUCUUCUAUGACCCAAAUGAAGUCAAAAUUAACCCAGUUCUUGACGAUGACUUGUGCGCAUCUGAAACUGUUUCCGAGCAAGCCAUUGAGAUCCCUCUGUCCAUUUACAGCUUUCACGUAGGAGCUGAGGAGAACAUGGCUUCCCAACCAACUCUAGACAUUAUCAGCCAGGGGUUUUUCCACAGCUCAUGGAAAGGCAAGGAAUGUUUGCUAAAGCUCUGUGAUACUGAGCUCUCGUUGACUAUGGGAAUAAUAAACUGGCUGCGAAAACACUCAGGACUUGUUUCCUCCCCUGACUCUCUUCAGAGUCCUCAAUCACAGCCACAGAAGUCCAGUGAUUCAUCAAUCCUGCCCAGUCCCAGUCCAGAGCAGGAACUGAGCACAGAAGCUCAGCAGGAAAAACCAAGCAAGGAAGAUUCGAAUGCAUUUCCUAUAUGUCCGUCUUUGGAUGAAAGCAAGUACACAACCCAGGCCUCUUCAGUAAACAUUGCUGAAAGAGACCACAGCCUGGGCUCCUGCCCAAACACAUCUAAUCUGGAUUUCCAAGGAAGAGAAGGCAGUCACCACGAGGAUUUAUCUACAGUGCCUGGGACUGUGGAAGGCACCAGAUCAUCAAGUUGUGCACCACAAUCACAAGCUAAUGGGGACAACCUGCAGACAUCUUCAACUGACGAUGAAAAGGUGGCAAUUUCAUUGGGAUGUGAGACAUCCGGAGAUAAAAACCCACUGCCAGAAAAGCUGAACAGAGAGAGUGGCUCCCAGAGCUCUGAAAAUCCUUUGUUAGAUGAUAAUCACGAAGUAGAAUCAUGUUACUCCUACAAGACUGCUGCGACCUCACUCCUAGAUCCCCUUGAGAGGGAGGACAGAAACAAGCCAACGUAUCACUCUCUCUCUGUUUCCUGUGACAAACCACCGCAGCCUCUCACCCUCAGACACUUCCAGGGCUACAUUAGCCCCCCACCAACAGAGAGCAGCACUAACAUAGUGCAGCUCUUGGAGCACUGUGUAACACAGGUGGCAUCAUUAAAAAUCAACUAUGAAAACAAGCACCUGGAGGACAAAUACAUCGGGAAUGAAAUGAACAGUAUCAUUCAUAAGAUGUCUCAGUACAAAAACAAGUUAUUGUUGCAAAACGAAUGCAGCUGCAGCGCUCAAAAUCCAGAAUACACCAGUAUUCCUAGCACAAAUCAAUAUAACUAUGAGACAAGUUUCCAAUCCAACAGUCUGUAUUUGAAGCAAAAUGGGGAGCAAAUUUGCUCUGAAGAUCAGAAAAGUAAAGCAAAAAUCCUUGAUGAGGUCACCAGAAGAAAGAUAAAUUUUGAAUAUGCCCAGCUAGAUAAUCAAGCCCUCUCCUAUUUAAAGGACUUUGGUCUCAGCCCAAGUGACACUUUCCCUGCAACAUCUCUCAGCAGACCAACAUUUUUACCUCUCUUUAACUCUGUCUGCUCAGACAUACCUGCCACAUUCUCAGGCAGCACUGCUGUCUCUGUAGCUGACUCGCUGCAGCCCAAGGAGGCCAAGCAGUGCAGCCCAGGACCCUGGGCUUACACACAGACCCCCUGCCAGGGCCUGGCUGGAGGGAGUGCUCUGUCCCCUCUCCUGGAGGCAGCGGCCCCGGAUACAGCAGUGACAGCGAGGAGCAUGCAUGGAGAAG